UGAACGACGUCCAGCCGGUUGGAUCCCGAAGUCACUCCCGCGAAAUUUAAAUUCAAAAUAUCCACGGACACCCAUCCCCCGGGUGAAUCCCAAUCGAUCCAGUCACCCAGUGAUUGCCCGACCCAGAAGAAAAAUUCGUCCUUAUUUUUAUUGAAAAAUGCACCGAAGACCAGUGGCCCUAGAGAGGUGACCUCGGGAGUCCCUAAGACCCUCGUCCCCGUGAAGUGUUACCCCGCUAUAAAUCGGGAAAAAAAAAUUCGCAGUCGAUAACCGAGGACGGCCUUGUAGUGGAAGUGGAGUCCGCAGAAUCCUCUUUGAGGAAUUAAAAAAGAAUAAAUCUCCAGAGGAUAAACAAUACUGGUUUGACAGUUGCCCCUGCGCAAUGCGUCUCGAUUGCCCCUUUGUGAAUUUGUUGUCAAGUCACUUUCACGUUCACGCAAGGAAUUGAGAACAAGACUGGUUUCAAUUACUCAGCCCUCAAUUACCCAGAUUCCGUGGAAUUUAAUCAAAUCCUUGGAUUCGAUUGUCCCCCACCCAUGACUCGUUGAAUCAACGUUGAUACCUAAUUUGCUGGAAGUACAUCAGGAUUGCGAAGUGGAGUAACAAUUAUCGGUGCUGUCGACGAUGCCGGCAUCUCCAGGUGGUCCAGGGACUGAAUCAUCACGUGUAAUCAUCACGAGCAUCACGAGCAAAUCGAUACGCAUAUCAUCUGAUAUCUCGAUUAGUAAAUAAAGAUAACUGAGAGAUAAUAAUUAAUAAUGCUGACGUGUUGGCUACCGGCUUGUGCCCUGGGGGCAGUCGUCAUCUUGUAUGUCCUAGUGGAGGUGCAUUAUUUCCUGAGGAUGUUCCUCACUGUUCUACUCGCAAGAUUCUGCAAAAAACCAGCGCACAUUCUCGAUGAAACGGCUAUCUACGGAUUGUGCACGAUGACGGAUGUCGACACUCUCCUCUACCACAUGAACAACGCGAGAUAUCUACGAGAGCUGGACUUCGCCAGGGCGGAUUUCUACGAGAGAACGUCCCUUUACAGAGAGAUAUGUUCCCAGGGAAAGGGAAUUGUCCAGGGAGCGGCAACAAUCAGAUACAGGAGAUACGUCAAACCAUUCUCCAUCUACAUGAUCAAGUCAAAGAUUAUUUAUUGGGAUGACAAAUCCAUCUUCAUGGAGCACAAGUUCAUUACACCCCGUGAUGAUUUUGUAUGUGCCGUUGCUAUUUGUCGUCAGAGAGUAUUGGAUUGCAAUGCCGAGACUAUUAUGGCAGCUCUACUUGAUCGUGGAGUAAAAAAUAAUGGGACAGUUGACGUAGACGUAACACAGGUGACACAUGUGAGGCCCCAGUUGCCACCGGAAGUGGCUCUUUGGCUCGAGAGCAAUGAAAUAUCAUCGGCCACUCUAAGAGGUGCCAAUGUACCAGUUGUCACGACAAAUUUCUGAAGAUUAUCGUCCCUAGGGAUCAAUUACGAUGACACGACACUCUCUUCAACUCAGGAUCUCUUUGCAAAUUUAUUUUUGCAAAUUUAUGAUUGUAUUAUAUUAUUUUAUAGGGGAUUUUUAGCGACUGAGGGGAAUGAACAAUUGUUUACCCUCGUCUACACGAGUUGUGGAGUUAUUUGAAUUAUCGCGAGUGAUGCACGACUACUCAGGUCGUUCGAUUAUUUUCAAUGUUCAUUAAUGUGUACAUAUUGAUUAAUUAGAGUUAUUAUUAAAGUAUUAUUGAAGUGGAAGUGGGCUGUGGCCGUUCAAACUAUUUCAACAGUUUCUCGUGAACUCAUGAUGCCAUCGAGUGCGUCGAUUACGUAAUUCUAGUGAAUUUCUGCAGUUUUGACCUGAUUAGAUGAUAAACUAUCACUUGACAAUUAUUUCACGGCAAUUAGCAUAUUUUUUUUUUCUGUAGAAUUAUUUUCUACGUUUGUUAAUCGAUGAAAAAUUGAAGAAAGUGUUGGAAAAAAACAAAUAAUGAAAAAUUAUAAUCCAA